UCUGGGAAGCUUCUGAGGCGGCUGCCUUGCGGGGCUUCCAGCGGAAGAGUCGGCGUGAGGCCGGAGCUCAAUGGAGGCGGCGUGGAGGCUGAUGACGGCCCCGCCGCGGUUAUGGACGGGCAGCCUUCUCGUCUCUACCGCUCGUCGGCUGUUCAGUACAGGAGUUCCUAACUCAUUUCUGGUGAAAGAGCCUCCUCCUCCAAAAGUGGUUGACAGAUGGAAUGAGAAACGAGCACUCUUCGGUGUCUAUGAUAAUAUUGGAAUUCUGGGGGAUUUCAAAGCCCACCCCAAAAGCCUGAUUGCGGGGCCUAUAUGGCUACGUGGAUGGAGGGGGAAUGAGCUGCAGAGAUGCAUUCGCAGAAAGAAAAUGGUGGGUGACCGAAUGUUUGUUGACGAUUACCAUAAUCUGAAUAAGAGGAUUAAAUUCUUGUACAAGCGAUAUAAUCGCUAUAGACUGCAUCGCUAAGAGAAGUUCUCCAUAGCAACAUUUAUCCCCAAAACAUUGUGCAUUACUGGAAGAUAUUAGUGGCUCUAAUGUGCAGAAACUGAUGGUUGUGUGAACCAUCCAAAUAUCAUCCUUGUUAUUGCGUUCCAUCUUUUGAAUUAUUUUCUAUUUCCAGUUGUUUUUCUUUCACUUCAUUAAUCAAAAUACUUCAGUGUUCUGAUAUCUCAUUCCUUAGAAGUAUCAUUCAAGCAAUUUUGAUUUCAUGUGCACUUCAGGAUGGGAUACAUUACAUGGUUAUUUGCCGACCUGGUCAAAGUAUAAUUGUAAAUAAUAAAUUUCGUCUUUUUAUAUUGUA